AUGGAGGAUUAUCUCAAUGGUUUAGAUGAAGAACUAUGGAAUUGUAUUUCUGGUAAUCUCAAUCCUCCGUCGAAUGUUCAAUCAGUUGGAGCGUCUUCUGCAAGUUCUGGAGUACAGAAUCAAACUGAACGUAUGAAAAAGUUGGAGAAGAGAUUUAUGAGAGAGCUGCGAGGAGCUUUGCCUCCAGUUGUUUACAACCAUGUGAGGAGUUGUAAAACUGCAAAGGAAAUCUGGAACAAUCUAAAUGAGAAAUUUCAAGGAAGUGAGAAGACAAGAAGCUUUGAUACAUCAACUCUAAAUGAUGUGUACAAUCAGUUAAAAUCACACAAAAAUGAAGUGAACGAAAUUGCUGAAGACACGAAGACUAGUUUGGGAGGUCCACUGGCAUUGGUUUCGAAAAUGAAUGAGAAAGAAGUUCAUGAGAAAAGUGAUUCUGAUGGAGAAGAAGGUUUCAUCAUGAAUUCUGAUGAUGAAGCAAUAGCAUUAUAUUCAAAUAAUCGUGUAAGGACGUUCUUGAAAAAGGCAUUCAAUUCGAAGAUCAAGUCAUCUGAGAUUAAAGGAAGUUUUGUAAAUAAAAUUGAAAAUGAUGAGAAAAGGAAGGAAGAGAAGAAGGAUGAGAAGCCGGUUGAGGGAAAAAUUUUAAAUUUUGACCCUAAUUUCGCUGGUGUUACAAAAAUUGAGAAGAAGUUAAAGGGAGAUGCUGGAGUUGACUGUCAUUAUUGUAAUGGUGCCAAUCAUUUAGCCAAUGACUAUGUGUUAAGGAAGAAAUAUGAGAAGAAGAAUAAGGUAAAAGAUGAAGCUUAUUAUGCUGAAAGAUUAGAAGAAGUUCGUGCGAAGGCGAGGAACUUAUCGUUGGUUGCCAUGGGAGAACAAGAUAAUAAUGGAACUUAA